UCCCCGGACUGGGAGGAAGGUGAUGGGAAAGGUUGGGCAGCAAAGCAAGUGCUCACCUGCAUCUUUCCACCUCUCUGCCGGGGUUGUGGUCCCUCCUGCCCCAUCUUUCCCCAAAAAGGAUGGCAAAGGCUUCGGAGUGUGAGGAACCCCGGAGAGAAAGGGGUUCCUCCUGCUGCACAUCUCCCCGGGGAGACCCCUUCCGUGGGCAGGGAUGGAGGGCUCGGGUCAGGCUUGGGCUGUGCCCUGGGAUUCCUCUCUAUUCAUGCCAGGGUGACCAGAUGGCAUUUUUCAAGGCACCACCUUUGCUUUACUCGACUCCAAGAUUUGCAAAGAUGUGGAUUUCUUUCUUCUGUGAAUUCUGCCAUUGCAUGCAAAUUUUAUCUUUGAGUCAAGAUACAAAAAAAACCAACCAAAAAAACCCGAGCAAACCCAACGAGAUUUAUUGCCUAAGCAAAAUGGAUAGCUGUGAUUCCUGGUUGGAAAUGGGUUUAGCUCCAGCUGACCAGUUUGGUGUCCCCCCCUACCCUGCUGGAAGAGGUGAUGUGCCCGCACUCAGCGGCUGGAGUUUUAAAAUAAACCAAAAUUGACAGCAGGGGAAAGAAACCACCGCAACCACUGGAGCUAAAUCCACCUGUGACCAUUAAUCAGGCCCCUAAAAAUAUAUUGCUGUGUUUAAUCCCAAACCACAAAUUUACUGACUAAAGAAUUAUUGGAAUAAAUACUUCGAACAGUAAGGACCAUUUAAAUCACUCGUGUAUACCAACAGACCUCAAAAAGUGCUCCAAAGGCAAUUUUUUUUCCUGGGGACCAAAUUAAGUCUGCCAACAACACCCUUUUUUUCCUUAACUACCUUUCAGGAGUAGCUUGUGCAAGCUCCCCCCCUGCCCUCCCCAUAUGACCUGACUUUGGUAAAAGCUGUUUCCAAAGAAACAUUUCAGGUAACAUAAAAGAUAUUUCCUAGCUCAAAAUCCUUUAGGGGUAAGUGGUACCCUUUAUAUAUUUUUUUUUCCUUAAUAUUUUGUCUGCAACUGACAGGUGAAAUUUGGACUUGAGAUUGGAAACUGAGAUGGAGAAACUAGGUCUCCUAUUUAUGUGGAAUUAUAGCAUUUUAAUCAAAUGAGAUUUAGAAAAACCUGUAUUCACCCUGUUUAGCAAGAAAUGUGAGAAAAGUGAAGACAUUUUUACCUGAUUGGUUUGAGCUUUUUAUGCCUUGUGUAUAAUAAUUGCUUUUUCACUAAGACGACCAAUGCCAUCAGUGACAUUUCUUGUUCUUCAAACUGCCUUGCACAAGACUUUGUAAGAAGCAUUUUUUCCUGCCUUAGUCCUCAAUGUUAGGAAAUCAAAAAUUACAAUUUUUAAGGAUUACAGUUAUUAAGGAAAUAAAGAACUGGCAAUGCAGGGGAAAGAUUUAGUGAUGAGGGGGUGCUAACCAGUGUUUGGAUUUGUGGCUGGAGCUGAAUAGUCACUUUGAGCCAUGAACAACUAGAGAUAGCAACAGGAAAAAAGUCCCUGCUGCCCUGUUGGGAUGUUCAUUCUGUCUGAGAACUGCCUGGGUCAUCACUGAACUGAUCCUCCUAAAAAUUAGCCAAAUGCUGUAAGAGAUGGUUGGUUUUAACCCCAUUCAGUUUCUUUAUCUUCUUCAUGGAAAGAUCACACAAUGCACGGAGGUGAGCAAAUAUUUUGGCAGAUGAGAGCAGGAUUUGGGUGAAAAUACUGACAUUUUAGCUGGAAAUGGUGAUUAAAAUGCAGCGUCUUUUUAUGAGAGAGGAAGGUGGCAGGAGUUAACAUGGUGGAUGUGAGUGUGGUGGACAGAUAGGAGGUCUCAUGCCAAGGGUCAACGUUACUAGAUAGGAUUUUGCCAAAUACAGGGUGAGCUGGUGAUGGGUAUUUUCCCUGUCCUCCAGGCAGAAGAUAAGAUUAAUUUGCAGAAAAUAGAACUGUGGAAAUGAUCUUGGAUUUUGAGUUUAGUGAAGCAAUGAAGGAAGGAGGUGGCGUCUCCUCCAUUGCCGUUUGUCGGCGAACACCAGCUGACGGGACAUAAAGUAGCAGUGAAAAUCCUCAACAGACAGAAAAUACGCAGUCUGGAUGUGGUUGGGAAGAUCAAACGAGAAAUUCAAAACCUUAAACUCUUCCGGCACCCUCAUAUUAUCAAACUGUACCAGGUCAUCAGCACACCAACGGACUUCUUCAUGGUCAUGGAAUACGUGUCUGGCGGUGAAUUAUUUGAUUACAUCUGUAAGCACGGACGUGUUGAAGAGGCCGAAGCUCGCCGCCUCUUCCAGCAGAUUCUCUCGGCGGUGGAUUACUGCCACAGACACAUGGUUGUCCACCGAGACCUGAAACCGGAGAACGUGCUGCUGGACGCGCACAUGAAUGCCAAGAUAGCCGAUUUCGGAUUGUCCAACAUGAUGUCAGAUGGCGAAUUUCUACGCACCAGCUGCGGUUCCCCAAAUUAUGCAGCCCCUGAAGUCAUCUCUGGAAGGCUGUACGCCGGCCCCGAGGUGGACAUCUGGAGCUGCGGUGUUAUCCUCUACGCCCUUCUCUGUGGCACUCUGCCUUUUGAUGACGAGCACGUCCCCACCCUCUUCAAGAAGAUCCGGGGAGGGGUGUUUUACAUCCCCGAAUACCUCAACCGCUCUGUUGCCACUCUCCUCAUGCACAUGCUGCAGGUUGACCCCCUCAAGCGAGCAACCAUCAAGGACAUCAGGGAACACGAGUGGUUCAAGGAGGAGCUGCCCAGUUACCUGUUCCCAGAGGACCCUUCCUACGACGCCACAGUCAUCGACGACGACGCAGUUCGGGAAGUUUGUGAAAAGUUUGAAUGCACGGAGUCGGAGGUGAUGAACAGCCUGUACAGUGGUGACCCUCAGGACCAGCUGGCGGUGGCCUACCACCUCGUCAUUGACAACCGGAGGAUCAUGAACCAAGCCAGUGAGUUCUACCUCGCCUCCAGCCCUCCCACCGGCUCCUUCAUGGACGACAGCGCCAUGCACAUCCCUCCCGGGGUGAAGCCGCACCCCGAGCGGAUGCCACCCUUGAUAGCGGACAGCCCCAAAGCGCGAUGUCCUUUGGAUGCCCUCAACACCACCAAGCCAAAGCCCCUGACUGUCAAAAAGGCCAAGUGGCACCUGGGAAUCCGCAGCCAGAGCAAGCCCUAUGACAUUAUGGCCGAGGUGUACCGCGCCAUGAAACAGCUGGACUUUGAGUGGAAGGUGGUGAACUCCUAUCAUCUCAGAGUGCGGCGCAAGAACCCGGUGACGGGCAAUUACGUGAAGAUGAGCCUGCAGCUCUACCAGGUUGACAACCGCAGCUAUCUCUUGGACUUCAAAAGCAUCGAUGACGAUGUGAUGGAGCAGAGGUCCGGCUCAUCCACCCCGCAGCGCUCCUGCUCCGCCGCCGGCUUGCACCGCCCGAGGCUGAGCAUCGAUGCCGCUGCCGCCGCCGAGUGCCAGUCGCUGAUGGGUUCUCUGAGCGGCUCCUUCGUGGGCAGCAUCCCCUCGGUGACCCCCCGCCUGGGGAGCCACACCAUGGACUUCUUCGAGAUGUGUGCCAGCUUGAUCAUGGCCCUGGCUCGCUGACGGCCGGCAGGGAGGCACCGGUCCCUCCGCACACGGAAGCCUUCACCUGGUUGUCACCACCCGAAAAUCGCUGCCAAAUCUGCCUUCCCUGCCCUCCCUGCUCGCAGCUUCGUGCCGCCGGAGACUGGCUGCUGGUCGCCGAAGGGCUCUCCCGUCCCACCGCUGCUCGUCGGGCUGCGACCCGCACCCCACAAGGCAGGGAUCUCUGACCCCACAGUUCUUCUCUUCCUUUACUACUGCCUAUCCGAAGGAUAGGAUUUUAUUUUCUAAGACAAACUUACCGGCCGUUUUUAAGGUUAAAUUCUUGUUAUUCAAGGGGAAACUCUAAUGCAUGUGGUGACUUCUUUGUCGAAAAGAAUUUUUAAUUUUUUUAUGGCAUAGGCUUAAUUUAAUGGGCAGCGUCGGCACCUGCUUGGCUUUGCUAUGGUAUUUAAUUCCAUUUACUUGAUUGCGAAGGGACAUAAUAGUCUAAUCAGUCAAGGAACAAAUGCUUUAUGAAAACUUUGCCAAAAAAAUCCUGGGUGGGCUUUUUUUCUUUUUUUUUUUUUGUUUUGUUUUGGGUUUUUUUGUUAUAAGAAACAAAGCAAAGGAGAACUUUUGCUGGUCCCAGGAAUGCGGUCACUCAACUUUAAAAAAAAUUUAAUCCAUCUUUUUGAUAGCUUCUUAGGACCCAUUGAGGUUUUUUGCUAGGUUUUUUUGUACAGUUGCACUUUAAUUUAUACUCUCUGCAAGUUUCUAUGAGAAGCAAGGAAGAGAAUGACACAUUAAGCCUUUUGUACUAAUCAUUUUAGGUAAUGAAGACAAACACGGGAUAUUUUUGCCAUCUACUGGCAGCUAAAUGGACAUUUUCAGCCUGAAGUCCCUUUUUUUUAAAAACACAAAAUUGCCUUACUUUUGUUACAGAUGAUGCUUGGAUUCUCACUAAGGUGACUUUACAGCUCCAAUUUUUUCCAGAAGCCGCACAAAGUAGAAAGCUUCCAAAAAAAAAAAAAAAAAAAGAAAAAAAAAAUCAGUUUUGCUGUUAAGUUCUCAUAAUGCCAAAUCCAACAGCAGCAGUGGUUGGAUUAUAAACCCGGCAGCAGAACGAUUUUGUUUUUAAAAGAAACACUGGAAAUAUUUGUAGUACUCUUAGGUUUUGUAACAAGCUUUUUAUUAUAUUAUCGUAAUUAAAUAAAUACUCCGGGGCGGAGGAUGGCUUUGGUGCUGUGCCUGGUGGCCCUCGGAUGAUGCGUGUCUCCAGUGCUGCUGUGUGAGCGGGUCAUACCUGGUGAGGAUGGAGAAUCCAGACUCCUGCAUGCAAAAAUAACCACCCCAGAGCCAAAGCUGAGCAGCACCCAGGUUUUUAGCAGCUUUCGGAGCAGUGCUGAGACAGGAGCAAAUGCUGAGCAAACGAGCAGCCCUCAAUGGUUUUGGGUGCUGGAGAUAAGCCCCUUUGGAAAGCAGGAGAGGGCAGCUGAGCAGCCGUAGGGACAGACAUUAAUUUCCAUCCAGGAAAGAAUUAGGAGCGUCCGUACCCCUGCUGUGAAAUGUAUUUGAGAUGUAGAAGGCUGUUUAAACCAUCACUCCCGACUGAGCAUCUUGCCAAGUGGCUUGUCCUGGAAACACCUGUAGCCCAGUUGAUGAGGGGCUGGUGCAGUAGAUAUAAUCUGUGGUUCAGGAGAAUGUAGAUGUACAGAUGUCUCGCCUCAAAAUGACACUUGUCCUCUGGGAUGUCCUCCCCAGCAGAACUAAUGGCAUUAAACGGCAGCGAAUGCCCUUGGGAGGAAAUAUUUGCUUCCUGGAGGUGGGUGGGAUUUCUAGGUGGUAGCAUAAGCCCUUGUAGCACUUGGCAUCUUCUCAGAGCCAGGGAAAUGUUAACUCCUAUAUGGAUCUGCAAAGCCAGGCCUGCUGAGAAGGCAGUAAGAGUGGCUCAGUUCUCCAUAUGGAGAGACACACAGAGAUCAGGCAGCGGAGCAAGUGGGACUGAUGGAAGUACCUCCACGAGGAACGUGUCCAAUUAAACUGUCCCUCGCAGCCUUACCCAAAUCCACGCUGCAUUUUUAAUUAAUCUCAGAAGUUUCACUUCUUUUUUUUUUUUUUUAAUAUUUAUUUUGCCUUCACACAGGCUGUUUUCUGGUUCCCGGCUGCAGAGAAGCUGCUGACCUCCAGUUACAUUUUCCAGAGGAAAAGUUUAACUUUUACUCUGUGGUCAGUUUUUUGGAGUUGAGUUUUGCUGGUCCACACACGACCAUCAGGGGAAGCAGGGUAGACCUCUUUGAACUACAGAAACUUGAAUUACUCCAAGUGCAAUUCUUCAAAAGCCACUGGACAGCUGUGCUUUGCAAGCCACAAACUCACCCAGACUUUUUGCUUCAGCCUAAGGGGGAGAGAGAGACAAAAUGCAGAGGCUGGAGUUCAAUUUGGCUCCAGCAUUAACUUCCAGCUCCUGGAUGAGUUAAUUCAGAAAUAGCUUGUACUGUACUAGUUGGCAAAUAUAUAUGUGUAUAUAUAAUAUAUGUAUACAUAUAGAGGUAUUAUAUGUAUAAAAUAUAUGUAUACAUAUACUUUUUAUAUAUAAUAUAUGUAUACAUAUAUAUGUAUAUAUUAUAUAUGUGUAUAUAUAUUAAAAAAUGUAGGUGGCAUCCCUGUGAUUGGUAGGUAGGUGUGUGCCCUGGGCACCUGCCAUGGCACAAAAUAAUCCUGGCGUGCGAGAGGACCUGGAGAAAAGGGGUGAUAUUUUUACACCCUCUUCUAGGUAAAACCCCUGAGUAGCUUAGCUGACCCUGUCCGACCCAGCGUGGGGAGGAGAGGUGGCAGCACGAGCCAGGAGUAUCCUCCCACCCUCCCUGGCUGAAGCCCUGGUGCCCACAGGGUUUUGGGGCAGUUUUGUGUCCGGGAGUCAGAGAUGAGCAGGUGGAAAGCAGCGGGAUUUUGGUUUUUUUUUUCUCUUAAGGGGUCAAAAAUGCAUCUUCAGCGUGUACAUCCAAUCCAGCAUUUCGUAAGGGAUGUAGAAGCACAGGGGUAUAUUUGGGCAGUGUUGUAGAAAGUGAAGCGACUGGUUAGUAUCUGUUGUAUAUACAUUUUUUGGGGUGUAAUUAUAAAGGCAUUCGCAUUGGAAUAGAUGAAGUUUGAACAAAAUAACCAUUCUGUCUGCUCCUUUUCAUUUCACUGCUCUUUUGUCGUCGGUUGUCUUGUGAGCACCCACAUGGAAGGAAGAGAGACCUACACGCAGGACACGAGAUUGUGCCUUCGAUGUACGUUAGGACUGCUGGAAGCUGCAGCUUUAUUUCACGAGGUGCACAAAUCCCCCGGGUUAUGCAGAAUCCCACCGGUGAGACAUGCGGGCCGUGUUUCUAAAUACUUGAAGUACCAUUUCUUGUGCAAUUAUUUGGCUUCGCCCUUUCGUUAAGCUGAGAGGAGAGGGGGGAAGAAGAAGAAUGGCACAUCCAUCCCUUCGGAUGAGCCAAACAAAUCCCCGCUCUGGCUCCUGAAGUAUUUUACUGGAAAGUUUUAGGAUGUGUUUUUGUUUCAGGUGUAUGACGUACCUCCUAGAGUCACCUUUAUAAGGUCUUAUUUUGGUAUGGGCUUGCCAUUUAGCGCUUUCCUUUGGCUUCCUUAGCCCUUCCCUUAUAUAUAUUUUCAUCAUUCACUUUUUAAGAAAAGCAACAGCUUCCUGUAAAUUCUGAAUUUCCAGUCUGCCUCUUGGGCAUGGAGUUAACGAUUCAUUCAGAGGUACCUCACUCCCACAUCUGAGAGAUGAACUGGUUUUUAGAAUUCCCACAUUAUACCUAUUGACCAAACACUGACUUUUUUGCUGAGAGCAAACCUGGUGUUACAUGUAUUCGAGGCACAUUAUCUUUGCUCGGUUUUGGUCAUCAAAAUUAGGAGGCCUGGAUGGUAAAUCAGAGCUCUGGUUGCAAAGUAUGAGUACGCUUUUGGUGUUACGAAAAGUCUGUUUUCAACAAAAGCCUUGGAAUUCCUGCUGAAGCUGCCUUAAUUUAAAAAUCAAAGUUUAUUUGUGAGACUCAUCUCUAUGGUUUUUUUCAAGUUUUGAAAUAGUUUAUUUGUCCUCAUCUCACGAAGCUGUGAAGUAGGUACUGUAGACAUGGUAAUAUUUAUUCCUGUUGCUGAAAGCAUGUUCAUGUGUUCUGUAUCAUGUUAUAUCCACAUGUUUUGUACCUCAAUGCAUUUUGGUUUGUUUUUUUUUAAUCUUAGAGCACAAAGCAAAACUGAACCUGAGGAUAACUGUAGUGUCCGUGGCCCAGCAUCUCUGGGCAGACAACCCUCAGCUCGGUGAGAGAGAUGAACCAGACUAGUCCAGUGCAAUUUUUUUAUUUGUACUAUAAGGAGUAUUUAUGAUUUAUGAUAUUACGUAUUUAUGGGGUUUUUUGAUGAAAAUACAGAAUUUUUAAAAUCUCUGGGUAUAAGCAUCCCUUCAAACAUAUCAUUGACAUCAAGCUCAGAAAAAAAUCUGUAAGUACUCCAUCCUUCUUGGCAUUUUCUAGUUUGUCAACUGAUGGACUGUAGAAGGUUUUGUUUUCAAAUGAAUUGCUUUAGUACUUUCUGGGGCUGGCUGUGGUGGAAGGGCACGGAGCCUAGGUUCAGUUUUGUCCUUUGUGCAAGUAACUGUGCAUUAGAUAAUCACAACGAAGCCUUUUACCUUCCAUUUAUGGUGUGGAAAGUGUUUCUCGGUGUACUGCACUGCAUGUGAUAGCUGUCUCCAUGGUUGACAUUUGCACUUUAAUAAACUCAGAGAUGAAAAGAG